AUGGCUGAAAGUUUCACCGUUCAAGACCACUUCGUGGAGCUGGGAUACACCAUCGAUGAUUCCACCAAGGGCCCGAUAUCCCACCAAUGCCGCGGCCUCAGCAAGUCGAGGGCGAGGAAGCACUACAAGGUGUGCAAGGGCAAGAAAACGUCGAAGGUCAAGGAGCCCUUUAAGUCCAAGAACCCGCGUUUCCAGGACCAUACAUUUUCUUCGAAAGCGAAGUGUGUGACGAAUUAA